UAAGCCAUUGAUUGCUACUUGUUGCAUUUUUUUUUCUUCGCGGAUCGAUCGCUGACUUUUAUCUCCGUCGCUGUCGCAGCCACUACUACCCUACCCGAGCGCCCCAAAGACACUGCUGUCGAACCAGAGAGCCAUGACCAUCAAGCGAAGAGACCCUAUGAGAGUAGUCUGUUCCACAAGGAGGAAGACCACAAGCCGCCCAAGAUCCCCAAGGUCGAGGAGGACUUGGAUGCUACCACCUCCGCUAAGGCCGUUGAGCCCGUCGGCCAGGAGGCCGUUGGCGCGGCUGCCAUUCCUGCAGACGAGACCAUUGUUCAGCCCCAGAUGGUACCGGGUCUGGGCACUGACCCAGCGGACAAUGUUGAUCAGUUGGAGGCCCCAGAGCUGAGCAAGGAAACGGCCGCUCCUGUCGAAGGUGCUGCUACCAUUCCCGACGCCGCCAAACCCGCGACUGAGGACGCUGUUGUUGAUAAGGCGGUUCCUGAGACUGUUGCUCCUGUCUCCGCAGCCCCUGUCACCGAUGCCGCUGCCCAGCCCGAGAUCAUUGACGCUAGCGAGGCCCCUGCUACUGAGAAGCUCGACGCCCCUACUGAUGUCGCCCAGACCGAUGUCGCCCCUACUGAUGUGAAGCCCGAAACUCUGAAUGAGGCUGCUGGAGAGACGUCGAAGGAGGAGGCAGCUCCGAUCGAGCCCUUGACUACCGAAACAGCUGCCGAGCCGGCUAUUGUUGUCCCUUCCAGCAUUACGGACGCGGAUACGAAAGCCACCGAUGCGGCUGUAAAGUCUGCAGCCGAGUCUGCUCCGGCCGCCGAGGCCCAGGAACCUCUGCAGGCUGCGGAAGAGAGAGCGGACACAGCUCCUGCUGAGGCCGCAGAGGACAAGUUAGAUGCUGCCAAGGCCAAGACUCCGGAAGAGACUGCUGCUGCAUCGAAGGUAGAGGAACCUCAGCCCCAGACCACCGAAUCUCAGCCGGCCUCCACUGCCAAGGAUGCGCAGAAGACCGACGAGGUUCCUUCAUCGGAGAUCAAAUCCGAGCCCCAGGAGACUCCAGCUGUACAAGACACGCAAACUGCGGGGGCCACCGAGGGAACCACGGGCGCUCAAGAGCCCGAGAGCAAAUCGGCGGCCGACCAGGGCAAGGAUACGGCCAAGCUGGCCGCCAACCGGGCUCAAGAGUCUGCCAAGUCUGAGGCAGCAAAGGGUAAUGCUGAGAAACGCAAGACUGGUCUCUGGUCAUGGCUCAAGCGCAAGGUCAAGGGCGACAAGAACUAGACCCUAUGAGCGAUGUAUGACCCAAAUGCCCAAAUGGCUGUUGGGGCGGUCGGAAAUGAUUUCCGGCUCCCUCUCCCUUUUAUACUCUGAUACCCAAACAUGGACGGACGGACAGUACUUAAUCAUUCUGGAACACAAUCGGGAAAAAAUGAAAAUCAACAAGA